AUGCUGCUAGGGUGCAGAUCCGGCGCUGCCUGUCCUUUCAGACAUGAGGCCAUAGAUACCGCCCAGCAGUCAACUGCCACCGUGCAGCAACAGCCUUCACGCAGAUCCCCGCCCUCGAGACAACUCGAACGAGCCGUGGGUGCGGAAACAGACCCAACUGUCCCUUCUCGUAGCACAAGAGGGCGCCAACAUGCUCCCGUCAAUACUUCUCGCAUUACCCAGCGCCCAGUUCCCCAGUCGCAGCUCGCAGAUCCUAGGGAGUAUCAGCUUUCCCAGCUUCGACGGAGAUUUACUCCGGAAGAACACGACAAAGAUAGCGCCACGAUACUAACAUUCCACCUCCGACCGUCUGACCCUGAUUUCCCCUUUGAUAUGGACGCGCUGGACUGCACUUUACACGUUCCAUUUGAUUACCCAGAUGGGGGCCAACCCACGCUCACAGUGACGAAUCCUAGUAUGGAAAGGGGAUAUCAAAUCAACAUCGAGCGUGGUUUCGAUAAGAUAGUUGCCACAUCCGCAUCCUUGAAUCUUCUUGCUCACCUGAACUCCCUCGACAGACAACUGGAGAGUUUCCUAUCGUCUGAGAAGGCGGACACUGUCAAGAUUGUGUCUCACAAGCAGGCAGAGAAGGAUGAAACCCAACGUCAUCUUACUGUGGGGGGUAAACGCCAGGCACCACCCUCACCACCAGCCUCACUCCAGAGAUCUGCGGAUCCGCUCAUUGUUCACACUUCUGAGCAGAAGUCACGAGCGAAACAGUCCCGCGACGCUGAAACGAAGCAGCUUGAGGCUCGCAUGGGCAGGCUACCCCAGUUCUCUCGAUCCUCAGAUGGUCUCACCUAUACAGUCCCGUUUGAGCCACGCAGGCGAGGAGACCUUCCUAUCGAGCUCCAAGCUGUUAAAUUGGUCAAGCUAGUUGUUCCCGAGAACUAUAGCCUCUUGCCAUGUCGAAUUGAGCUGGUAGGUGUUACUGGUGACUCAGCAUCAGCCGUGCAGGAUUCAUUCCUCUCCCGGGCUGGGAAGUUUCCUGAGAUGUCCCUCCUCAGCCAGAUGAAUUAUCUUUCACAGAAUAUGAAUUUAAUGGCUAAGCAAACGGCCGAACCUCUAGAGAAGCCCCACGUAAUCAAUCCUACUUUAGCACCAACGUCGCCAGAAGGGUUGAAAUCCGGACCAAGUUUUAGUGCUCUUGAACCAAUUCCUCUAUCCAGACUACCUGAUCGUCCACACCAGGUCACCAUCCCAACGCCUCCAGAAUGGAACACUGGUAACGAAAAUGAUGCUGAGAGCUCGGAUAGUUCGUCGGAAGACGACGAACGCUUUACUACUAGCAACGACGCUAAUAGAAGCGAGCAUGAUGCAUCUGGGUCUACCGAAAUGUCAUCUACUGAAAUCCCAUCUCAGGAAAGGGGAAUUCUAAUUUCCUUUCCACAUAUUGAUCUACACACCGUUGAACUUUUAGAGAUUGGAACGCUAAACAUUACAGUGAAAUGUGACCGUUGCAAAGACACCAAGGAUGUCGUCAACCUUCAGAACAACAUCCAGGAUUCCCACACAAGAUCGGAUUCCUGUAAUAAAUGUGCCAAUCCGUUCACAAUUGGGUUUAGAGCAGACCUCAUGCAUGCCAAUUCAGUUCGCGCCGGCUAUCUGGAUCUUGAUGGAUGUAGUGUCGUCGACAUGCUACCAAGUUCCUUCAUCCCAACGUGUGCAGAAUGUUCAACGGUCUACACACGGGUAGGAGUUAUCUCUGUUAGGGGAGAGACGUCAAUGGCGUUUUGCCGCGAGUGCCAUCGGAAGAUGUCUUUUCGGAUACCAGAGAUCAAGUUCUUGAGAAUCAGCGCCAGUACAGGCAUCGUGGUAGGGCAAGAAUUGGCCAACCAGGGCAGAUGCUCACAUUACAAGAAGAGUUACCGGUGGUUCAGGUUUUCGUGUUGCCAAAAGGUGUUCGCAUGCGAUAGGUGCCACGACCAGGUUGCAGACCACCCCAUUGAGCAUGCUAACAGGAUGCUAUGGUACCAAAAUUAUCGUCCCAAAGAUUGUGGGAUUUGCCACGCCUGGCUUACCGUGAGACCUGGCAAAGGUUUUUGGGAGGGCGGUCAAGGUACGAGGGACACGGCCAAGAUGUCGCGAAAAGGGGGUGUGAAAAGAGCCACGGUAGCUUGA